GACAUGUAUACAAAGAUGGCGGGAGGUCAGCAGCAGACUGACCGGGCAUCGUGGAAAAUCUCACCCCGGAGUAUGGACUGUACUGUGUUUCUGAGUCGGUUCGACGCGCAGUCGAAGCUGCUGGUCUGGUCGCUUCUGUCUGGAGCCUCCGGUGCCCACAGAGCUCUGGGCGUCUUCCACAGGCAGCAGCAGGCCAACCCCGAAAUGUCACUGUCUAACUUAAUAGAAACAUUGUGCCAAGACGAAAUAACCUGUCCAGACUCUGAAGCGCAGCCUCUGAUUGUUAAACCCCUGGUGUGCCUGUUUCCAGCAUUAUUCAAACAUAACCUUCUGUCCUUCAUCUACCUGGUGCACUCUGUUCUUCCUCGGACCGCUGUCCUCCAUCUGCUCACGUGCCUCGGCCAGGACCCUCAUCCAAGCCCCUGGGUCACUGCUCUGGUUAGACAGCUGGAAAGAAACCUCGGGGCCCAUAGUGAGGAGCCUCUGUACACUCCACUGUGCAGCCAGAGACUAGAGAAGCUGUCACAGCGUUUGGCCGGUUUUGGUGAGACUGGAGGAUGGGCAGAGUGCUUCAGAGGUCAAAGAGUAGAAUCUGAAUCGCAGAGUGAGUCUGGUUUAUCGGAGCUGGGGACACAAAGGAAAAGGAAGGCCAGCUUUGUCACCCUGGACUCAGACGGUGAGGAAACAGGACGGCAGAGUAAACGGCUGAAGGUGGAUGUCUUUGGUAGUGAGCUGCUCGAUGCUGAAGAACAGAGCGCAAAAGAAGAGAUUUCAGGAAGAUUAGAAAGUGAUGCUCCAGUAGAAACCCCUGCUGAAGAACUGCAGCUGGCACCAGACAGUGGGUGUGAUGCCCUACCUGAACACAUAAAGGUCGCUGUUUUUCAAAUAAAAGAAUUACUGGAAAAUCAGACAGAGUGGGACCAGAGCUCCACAGAUGUGUUCAAAGUGCUGAACGAGUGUGACCCCAGCCAAGUGGAGGUGUUCUGUUGCCUGCUCAGUUUUCCUGACUUACCGGAACAGACUCUGCCCAAACUGUGCAGCAGUAUUCUGGCUCCCUCUCUUGACCUCAGCUACAGCACGGCAGCAACACUCAUCAAGAGCCUCCUGCUGGAGAAGGUCCUGUCACUGUCAGAACCGGCAUCCAGAUGUCUUGUGACUGCAGCGACAUCACUGUGCAGCCACUUUCCCAGACCAAUGUGCCACGCUCUAAUCGGACCAGUUCUAGAGGAAAAGAACAUUGGGAAUCCACAGGCUGAGCUGCUAAACAGACUGAUAGAAGGCUGCCUGGAUUCCCAUUACAGACUGCUGGUGCUUCAAAUGACAUUCAAAAUAGCAUGGAAUGAGGCAGUGCUCUCCAUUAUCCACAGCUUGUUAGACUCCAAGCCUGAUUUGAGUGAAGAACUGUUCACACAGUUCACAGAACAGCUCGUGAGCCAGGGUCCUCAAUUCACAAAGUCUGUGAAGUUUGCAAAAAUGAUGCUAACAGUCCUCACCAAAUAUAGCAGCCGUGUGACUGCUGCACACAAACACUCCCUGUGCGGUUGCCUAUUGUUAAAUGAGACCUUCCUGAAAAAGUCUCUCCAAGCUGCUUUGAAAAGAAUCACACAUACAUGAAGUUUCAUCUGACCUAAUGCCUGUUAAUAAACCCGUUUAAAUAA